UAUAACGUCGUUGUCGAAUGCGCUGGUGAGCUGGUUAAAAAGUUCGCAACGCAGGCGCGGUAGCCGGUAAAAAGGCGGGAAUUUUUGCCGAACUGCAUGAAUAUUUUUAAUCUGUAUUGUAAAUUUUUAAAUUACGAAUACAUUUUUUAUGGAAUAUUGCAAAAUGGAAUACAGUUUUUAGUGGAGUUUAGUGUUAUUUAUUUAGUUAAAUAAUAAUAAUUACUAUUGGUGUUUUAUAGUCAAAAGAAAUUACUCAAAGUUCGAGAAUGAAGCUAAAGUUACCGAGUCCGAAGAGAUUGGUUUGCAGCGCGUUUCCUAUACUGCGGUGGUCAAGGACUUACGACACAAGUUCAGCGGUAGGAGACUUAAUAGCCGGUAUUACAGUCGCCCUGACAUUGGUACCGCAGUCGAUUGCGUACGCAUCGCUUGCCGGAUUUGAACCUCAGUAUGGCCUUUACUCAUCGUUUAUGGGGCCGUUCGUGUACGCUAUUAUGGGUACAAGUCCGCAGGUAAACCUGGGGCCUUCAGCAUUAUUAUCGCUUCUUACAUUUACGUACACAAACGGCACAAAUUCAGACUUCGCCAUACUUCUGUGUUUCAUGGCUGGCAUUGUUCAGCUUGUAGCAGGAAUAGCGCAACUUGGUUUUCUGGUGGAGUUUAUAUCUCUGCCAGUGGUAUCAGGGUUCACGUCAGCCGCAGCAUUGACGAUCGCAUCAUCUCAAGUCAAGGGACUGCUGGGUCUUCGGUACAAUGCUGACACAUUCGUUACCACGUGGAAGAGCUUUUUCCAACACGUCGGCGAGACGAGAUUAACUGACAGCAUGCUUAGCUUGGGAUGCAUUAUAGUGCUCACAGUAAUGAAGGCCAUGAAGGACAUCAAAAUAAAGGACAAGGCGGCGGACGAAAAGGGUUGCCGUAAAGCGAAAGUACUGAAAAAGUUGUUGUGGUUUGGUGGAGUGUCGAGGAAUGCUGUGGUCGUGUGCUUGGCGUCACUCAUAGCUUACUUCGUCUAUGAAGAUAAAUAUAACCCCUUCCUUCUUACUGGUACCAUAACACCAGGUCUACCGCAGGUUCGUCCGCCAGUGUUCCAGACAACUGUUGGCAACACUACAUACACCGCUGGUGAAAUGUUGUCUCACCUAGGCUCUGGACUGGCUGUGGUACCCAUAGUCGCUAUAUUGUCUAACGUUGCUAUUGCUAAAGCAUUCGCUAAGGGGAAAACUGUGGAUGCGACACAAGAAAUUGUGGCUUUGGGCGUUUGCAACAUUGUCAGCGCUUUCUUCCGUUCAAUACCUGUGAACGGCUCGUUUUCCCGAAGCGCUGUAAGCGACGCCUCCGGAGUCAAGACACCUGGCUCAGGAAUAUACACGGGUAUAAUAGUGAUAUUGACGCUGGCGUUGCUGACACCUUACUUCUACUUCAUACCCCGCGCUGCACUCUCUUCGGUCAUCGUCUGUGCUGUUCUACAAAUGGUCAAUUAUGAAAUUAUCAAAAAGCUAUGGAAAAGUAGCCGAAUGGAUCUAAUACCGCUAUUCGGUACCUUCCUAUGCUGUCUAUUCUUGGGCGUUGAGAUUGGCCUGGUCUGCGGUGUGGGAGUUGAUGCGCUACUACUUCUAUAUUACCAUUCACGACCACCUUUAGAUGUGCAGUACAUUGAUGAUGGUGUCCUCCCACCUCAUUACGCAAUCCGUCCUGUAGGAGGUUUACACUUCGCAGGCGCAGAAAGAGUCCGUCAAAAACUAUUUAUGCUACAACAUAACAAGCCUGACGUUAUCCCGGUCACAACCAUUCAUAUUACGAGUAAUGGCACAGAUAAUGAAGCUGCUAGGAAUAGUCAGAGAAACAUUCCUACUACGAAUGGGACAACCAGCAAUGGUACAGCUUCAGUCAUGAAAAGAAAUGACGUCGAAGCUAAUGGUGUUAGAACUACAGAACUGUUAGUCAUAUACUGUGAUUCGUUAUACAAGUUGGACUACACUUUCCUGCAGAGUAUGAAAAUGUUAGUUCAAGACUGGUCCCGUGUAGGACGAGUAAUUUGGUGUAACGCACGGCCGGCGGUCAAAGAGCAACUGUCUGAAGUGCUUCCAGAACCUAUAUUCUGUGACAGCAACCAGUUGAAACCCUUCCUCAAAGGUUCGACCGAGGAAUCACAAACUAUGAAUAACGAUACUACAGCGUUUUAAUGUUUAGCAUUAAGGAAUCUUUUAUGUGUUUUAUGCAAUCAAAUUGUAUAGUAGCGGCCAGUUCCAAUACCCUAUUUAUCUCUACUAGAGAUAGAAUUUUGACACAUUUUGUAUGGAUGGAGUUUAUGUCAUUGAAAUCAUUGAAACUGGCCGUAGACUUUUAUAGACGGACAGAUCGUAUGUAUAUGAAUAUGAUGAACUCAAAUAGUAAAACGUUUUGCUCGACCAAAGGGUCUAGUGCAAGAAUUUUUUACGUUAAGCGAUCGUAACGUUACCGCGUAUAUAUAUCUGAUUGAUCGAUUAACUUAAAACUUGUCAAUCAGAGAACGUCACGUGUUGAUCAGCGCGCUAGGCCCUCCAUAGGGUUUUGGUGUGUAUAAGAAAUGUCGUGGAUAUUAUAUUAUAGCGAUAUUAGAUACAUAAAUACAAAUAAAAAAAUAUAGUAAUAAAUGGUAGGUAAAUAAAAUGGUUUUAUGAAAUGGCAGUGUUAAAAUUUUCCGCGGGACGGAAAAUUUAUAGUCUUAAGAAGUCGUUUGAAAAUGAAUUUAAUUUAUAUAUAGAUCUUUUAUUUAUGUAUAGAUCUUAUUGUGAUGUUUUGAUGAUGUACGUAGCUGUACUAUAAAUAAUUCAAUUUUUAAAUUGUUUAAUUAGAACUAUGAAAAAUGGACCAAUAAAAUGUACACCUACGUCCUACUUGUGAAUAAAUACAUUGAUAUUCAGUUUCAGUGAACUCUCUUCAUAAAUACAAUACCAACUGUGAUUAAUUUUACCAUUUAGAUUUAGCUCUUAAUGUAAUUCGUAUAAGGUGAACUGCUCAGUUACCUGAUAAGUGUCAAUCUUGAGUCAGUUAACUAUUAUGUAUUGUAAAUAAUGUAUGUACGUAUGUGUAUAAUGAUUAUUGUUAUUGCAUAUGUUGAGGUUCUAAUAAACUAAUAAAAACUAUUUAAAUAUUA